AGUAGAAAUCCCUCCAGGAGGAGGACCAGCUACUUAUGGUCUUGACCAGUCACCUGUUGAACUUGAAGCAGGAGAUCUUGAGAAAGGAGUUGACGAGGAAGACAGAAAAGCGUCGCAACCGCAACUUGUUCAAGCAAGACCAGAAAGAGAAACAGUCGGAGAAGACAUUCAGAGUCCUGCUGAAGAUGGUGAUGCCCAAGCAGGCCUUCAGGAUGUCGUCUACAACGACCUAAAGGAAGAUGUAGUUGUAGUGCAUGAACAACAAGAACUAGUAGAAGAACAACAAGAACUAGUUUCUAACCCGUCUGUGCAGAUCGAGUGGAGGGGACAAGUCUUUGCUGACCCUCUUGAGCUAGAAAGUACUUUGAAAAGAUUUGUGGAAAAGAAUCAUAGUGUUGAGCCGCCACUAGAGGACUUGAAUAAGGUGGAAGUUUUUCAUCGACUACGGCGUGCUAGCGGAGCAGACGGUGGCGAGCAGGAGGAGCAAGGUCGUGACGCAGGCGCAGCAGACGAUAUACUAGAUUCAUCUACUGCUCCUGCUUCACG